GGUUCGACGAAGUGUGCAGCUUGGUUCGACAAGUCAGUUUCUCAUCCCAGGAAAGUGCGUGAUGCGCGUUAUUAAAAAAACAACAACAUCGUAGACUGUAAAAAUUUAUGUGUUCGCAGAACAACAACUUUUUUUUUUCUCUCGUGUUGUGAACUGGCGUAGAAGCGAGUGCUACUGUGAAGCUUAUUUUCAAAGAAGGAAAAAAAAUACAUAUAUGACAUUGCGGAUAAUUUUGACAUAAACCUUAGCUUUCGUCUGUAUAUUUUUCUAGAGAUUCGGACUGCAAAACUAGGUAAUUGAUUUUGUGCCUUAUUGUCGUCUUUGUAGUCGUGGGGAUCAACGCACUGAAUUAUGACAUCGGAAGACUUUGGUUGAAGUCCACCAAGCACGCUAAGCAGCUAAGAGACAACAUGCAGGUGAAAUACACGAGAUGAACCGGUUACAAAAAAAAAAAAGUAUGAUUGUAAAGCUCUAAAGGUGAAAGGUAACACGCCAGGAAAUAAAAUGAGGAAAGAAGACGACGAUACGUCACGCAGAAAUUAACAUUUUCGAUUGAAAAUUUAUCGUAUGUAUAUUGUUUUGCCAAAUAUGUAGUGAGAUUUAACUCCGUACCUCAGACGCAGUAUUUUCAGUUUAAAGUGUUUCAGAUUGGAGUUGCUUGGCUUCUGUGUUGUAGUCGCGUCGAAAGCCUAACAGAGGAAAUUUUCCUGUUUUUUUAUAUACUUUCACCUGAAAGGGGUGUGUUCUCUGAUUGGUUGCAGCUGUGAGCCAAUUAGAAACUUCCCUUCUCCUGGUUGGCUGAUUUAUCUGGCCAGUGGAAGCUGGGCCUCUUUGAUUGUUUGGGGCCGCUGGCCAACCAGUGUCCUAUUCUGUUCUGGUUGGCUGGACUGUCUGGCCAAUCAGAGGCGAACUGGUUUUUUAGUAGGAGCCAGAGCUUGGUUUUUGAGGUUGGUUCGAGAUUUUUUCUUCGUCAUAAGUCAGCGACAAACAUUACUCACCAGAACGUUAUAGCUAAUGUUUUCCACGAUGACCGAACAAAACCACCUACAGACGUCCGCCCGUCGUUUCCUCAACGCCCUGCUCUCGGAGGGCGUGAGGGACCUUCAGCGCCGGCACUCUGACGGCGGCCACGUCGUCACGAUCAGCUCCCUCGUCCUGGCCAAGUCCGUCAACCGCCCUCCGCCGCCGCGGCCCCUGGCGCGCCCCGCCGUCGUCCAGAGCGAGGAGUCCCCGCAGAGCCUGGCCCAGAAGGACCGGUUCUGGAUCCUGUGCAACGUGGUGUGCCUGGGCGUGGCCUUCAUGAUCCUCAGCACGGCCUUCAUCGGCACCGUCGACCUGCAGAGCUCGCUCAACGCCAACCAGGGGCUCGGAACCAUCUCGCUCACCUCCAUGUACGUCAUCUCCAUCGUGUCGAACCUGUGCCUGCCGACCGUGCUCAUCAGGUGGCUGGGCUGCAAGCGCACAGUCGCCGUCUGCUUCCUCGCCUACAUCCCGUUCAUCGUGGCCCAGCUGGACGGCAGCUCGUACGCGCUGGUGCCGGGCGCCGUGCUGAUCGGAGUCGCGCUGGGGCCCAUCCACUGCGCCGCCGGAGCCCACCUGCAGCUGCUGGCGCGCUGCUCCGCCCCCCGCGGCCCGGGCGUCGAGGCGGCGCUCCUGCGCCUGCUGUCCGUCUUCCACGUGUUCGUCAGCCUGUCCCAGGUGUGGGGCAGCGGCGUCACCGCGCUCGCACGGAGGAGGGAACGGGACUCCUGGAGGGUGCGCUGCAUUCUGGCCCAGGGAAGGUUUGGGGGCCGCAUCCAGCGGGCCUCGGAGUUCGAUGCCGAGUUCGGGGACUCUGCCCCCGGGGUCCGCUACUGGCGAUGA